GUGUCCACAUUGGACUGCACCGUCUCGGCCCAUAUCCCAACUCAGUCCACUCUCCAAGGCCCCUCCUUCAGAGGAGGAGACGAGGGUAGCGAACAUACUCUGUUCGAUGCUUGGAUUCCGGUGGAGCGGUGGCGGCGGGGCAUGGUGCUCCGCCGCUCCUGACGGGUUGGGCUUCCCCUCGUCCCUCCGUCGCAGCAUCCCGACGCUCCUCCAACGCCCAAGCCUAACCCUCCUCAGAAGCCCCGACGGCGGCGGCGGAGGAGCGGCGAGGAGCGCCGACGUCGUGGAGCUGGAGUACGCCGAUCUCAACCUCAAGGACUUGUACGGCGCCGGCCAUCUGGGUCAGGUGCGGAUCCGGCAACAUGUGAAUCCCCUCAGCUCGGCUUUCUCCGCACCGGUGCAGGUUCCGGACUGGAAAGCAGUUUUUCAGGGCUCGACGCUGCCGCUCAUGGUGGAUAUCGGCUGUGGCAGUGGCAGAUUCCUCAUUUGGCUUGCAAAAAAUUUCCCUGAACCAAGAAACUAUCUGGGAUUGGAAAUACGUCAGAAGUUAGUUCAGCGUUCACAAUUCUGGGUGAAUGAGCUGGGUCUCAGAAACAUCUACUUUAUGUUUGCAAAUGCCUCGGUUUCUUUUGAGCGGUUGGUGUCCAGUUAUCCUGGUCCCCUAACAUUAGUUUCGACAUUGGUGAGCAUAUUCAUAUUAGAUUCCUCAUCUGAGUGUCCAGACCCCCAUUUCAAGAAAAGACAUCACAAAAGAAGAGUUCUGCAAAAACCCUUGGUGGAUUCUAUUUCAAAAAAUCUGUGUAUGGAGGGACAGCCAGGUCUUUCUGCAAUCAGAUGUGCUUGAAGUUGCCCUUGACAUGAGGAAUCAGUUUGAUGCUCGCUUGGAUGAGUUUGAGCAUAUUGACACUAUUGACCCGAAUUUUUUAUGCGACACUCAAGGAUGGCUCUUGCACAAUCCAAUGGGCAUACGGACUGAGAGAGAAAUACAUGCUGAGCUUGAAGGGGCAAAAAUAUUCAGACGGAUGUAUCAAAAACGAAAUCGUCGUCUUUCUGGAUAAUCAUUCAGACUUAUUAGUUACAGUAGGCACAUCAGAGAUCACCACCCGUUCCUUCUCUCUCUGAGAACCCAUCUCUAACUUGUUUGUGGUUGAAGCUUGCCACCAUUUUUCUUGUUGCCUCCGUUGGUGUUGGUUCUGUUUUUCGGUUAUUUUAGUGCCUAUCUUUUUAUUUUGAUAUAUCAUUCAGGGUGCCAAAUUGUUCAACACUGUGCAGUUUGCAUAUUUUUUUAUAUGAUCAUCAUCUAACUGAAAGUUAAGCUUUAAUUUUUGAUAGA